GAAAAUUCUAAAUAGAGAACAUCGCGCGUAAAGAUGGCGGUCGCUCUCGCAACUCUCUCCCUCUUCUUGGCGCUGUCUUCGGCGCCGUGUGUGGGGACAAUAGACUCGAGCCACUGUCUCUCGAGGGGGUUCACACCCAACCUCAUGUGCAGCUCGUGCACCGAACUGAAGCAGUUCGGUCUGGAGCCGUUGGAGGACGAGUGCCGCUCCUGCUGCCAGGAAGACGGAGCGGCCAGCGAGUGUCACCUGCUCACUUUUGUGAAGGGGGAGCAGCCUAAACAGUUUCCAAGCCUCCAAAUCCGCUACAAGAAGGGAGCCAAUCCCACUCUCAAACUCCUCGACGACACCAAAACAGUCCAGGACACUCUUGCGAUCGAUAGGUGGGACACUGACACAGUCGUGGAGUUUCUUUCCGAAAAACUUCUCUAA